AUGCGCUGCUUUGGGGUUAUCGUUAGUGUAUAUAAAUACCGACGUCGGGUUUCUGAUCAGUCAAACUACUCGCCUAACAACGACUCGGUUGGGAUCAAGGCCAGGUACAGAAUGAACCGUUUGUUCAUAGCUUUCACCGUUUGCCUCGUGGCUCUCGUAGUACAGGCGCCAAAAUGCGCUUGCACAAGUCUCACCGUGGAGGAAAGCGUCCACAGGGUGCUCAAUUUCUCCACAACAGUCUACAGCAAAUUGGCAUCUUCCGGUUCCGAGGGCAACUUCAUAUUUUCUCCAUUUUCCAUUUGGUCCAGCUUGGUGUCAAUGGUGUAUAACUGUGUGACCGGACAGGCCGGAAAGGAACUAGCCUCAUUCCUCGGCGUCUCUUACUACAGCAGCAGGCAAAACCAGGAGACGCUUUCCAACUACAUCAAGGAAUCCUUCUCGCGGCAGCAGGUGGACAUGCACGUGGUCAAUCAGCGCCUGAGUGUCGACUUCACGAGCUCUUCGUGUGCCAAUAGUUACAGGUUGCAGUGUAAGAAAGUCCAAGGACAGUUUUUUAGCGCAAAUUUCUCUGAUGACGAGUCGCGGGAGUGGCUCGGUGACGUCAUGUGGUCGUAUUUGGAAACCGAUGAUGCCAAGUCUGUGUUCGAGGACGACCAGUUUAAGGAGGCCUCAACUAACUACGUCUUAGUGGACGCUAUUCGUCUUGCCCAAAGCGCAGCGUUGCGCUUUGGCUACAGCCGGCAAAGCAUUCAAACCUUUAGGCUGGAUAAAAAUCAGACUGUCAAAGUCACCUAUAUAGAAGCCAAGAAGGGCAGUGUAUAUUACACCGGCCUCCCAGACUACAAAGCCAUUGCCAUUGCCAUCCCGUUUGCAUCCGGUUACAUGGUUAUCAUACGGCCUGAUGAUCCGGAUGGUUUAGAAUCCGUAGCGGAGGUUCUGCCUGAGCUCACGCUGACGGAUCCUGCCGCAGACUGGAAGCUGGUUCGAGUAGACGGGUUAAUUUUUCCGAAGAUAGAUUUCGGACUGGACAGGAGUUCUCACAGUGCGGCCGAACUUGGUAUAGGCAAUCUGACCCUCUUUUCUCCGCUUGCCGAGAUCACUUCAUUCCCUGACGGGGUUUACCUGGAAGAUUUUCGCCACAAGUCUCUGCUUUCCGUGGAGUAUAAUGGCGUUGUUAGCAGAGGUGACCCUGAACUGAUAAAGGACGCGGAAGUGUUUCCGGAAAUUAAGGUUGACAGCCCUUUCCUUUUUUACGUGAAGCAGGAUCAUCUUCUUUUGUUCUUGGGGCGUGUCUUGGAUCCCUCUCGUUUACAGGGACCCCCUGAAGAGAGCGCCACCGUACAACAUACUGUCAACGGUACCACUCAAGACACGACCAACCCCACUGGCUGCGCAUGCGUAACUUACCGAGACUGGAAAUUGUAUCCAACACAGGCACUUCUUGGUGAUCAGUAUUGUUACGUCUAG